UGCAAGAUGGAGGAAGGGGAUGGCUGCGGCGACAGCCUUUUCUCACUGGAGUUGCUGGUGGAAACGGCGCGCGUGGAGCCGCGGCUGAUCCCGUCGCCUUUGCCCGCCAGCGGCCCCUUCCGCCCAGCGGUGGCGCUUCGGCUCCUGGACUUCCCCACCCUGCUAGUCCGCGCCCCCCAUUGCGUGCCGGGGCCCCUGGUGCCCUUCGGGAGGGGCAAGUCCUGCCUCUUCCGGCUGCAGCCCGCUUCCCUGAGGGGCCUCCUGAGGCGUUCCCCUCUUCACGCGCUCCUGCUGGCGCUCCCCCGACGGCGGGUCCCGCCCGGUUGCUGGGCUCGUGCAGCGUCUCCCUGGCGUCCGCCGCCGAAGUUGCUGCUGGGGACCGGCCCAGGGGGGCGAAGAGGCCGCUUCCCGCUGCGGGACCUGAUGGGGGAGCCAGUGGGAGAGCUGGGGCUGAGCUACCGCCUUAGCAACUUGGGGUCGACCCUGCUGGGACACUUGGGGGAAAGCUCUGCUUUGGGAGAGCCCCAUAGGGAGGAGGAAGAGCCGCAGCGGCCACCAGGGUCUCCCACCCCUCUGGGCACCCAAAGUGAGAGGGGGCUCAGCCUGGAGCUCAUUCCAGAGGUAGAAGAGGACCAAGACCCUGAACGUGGCAGCUUGCAUUCUUUCUGUAGCUCCCACACAGAGCCACAGCCCAGUGACCUCGUCAGAGAACUGGAGACUGAGGCCAAUGUCUUCUGUCCCCCACCAAUGUACUACAACUGCCCAGCUGAAGAUUGCUGCCCUGCACCUAAAGCCUCUGAGCCUGUGACGGUUGCUAAAUCUCAGGGAUCUGUUCAGAGAGAGGAAAAUACACUACCGUCUGCAGUCCCUGUUAAAGAGGAGCCUUCUGGAGGUGGCCAAGACAUGUCUCCCUCAGCCCAGACCUUGAUUAACCCUCUGCAGCUCAGACAAACCUUGAGUCAGCUACCUCUGCUGAAUGCAGUUCUGAACAACCAAACCCCGCAAUCAGGGACAUCCUCUGUGCACCCAAAAUUAGCGUGGCUAUACCAUAAUGUAGGAGAAAGCCCCAACCCCCCACCCGCACAUGUCAAAAGUGUAAGUCCCCCUCGAGAGGAUAAGAAAACUCAUCGCAAAGAGAGAGGAAGGUCCCCUACCCUCAUGUUAAGAAGAAGUCGCCCAGAGAAUUUAAGAUUUCUCUCUCCCUCCUUCCAGCGAACCUGGACUGGAUUUAAAGCCUCAGUCUAUGAAAGAAAGGGCAGUCCUGAGAAGAACAGCAAGGAAAACUCCCCCCCAAGAAGGAAGCUUACUUAUGGGAUGACGAAUACCCUCAGACUUCGGUUGCAGCAGUCCAAUCCAGGCAUGUUGAAAGUACACGAAAAAAGAGAACAUCGUAGGAAAAAACAAGCAAAUGUAUUCAUAAGAGGAAACACUUCCUUAGCCGAUAGUAAAAUGCUCCGAUAUUCUCCUGAGUGUCAUCCAAAGCCUUUUGGCUCUGCACGUUCUGAAGAAAGAGGCAUUUCAGACCAAAAUGUUCAAUUUAAUGAAAAUAUUGAGACAUUAAUACAACGUAGUGUUGAACAAGAUAGCUCUACUGCCAGAAAAGAACUAACUUCUGAUGUCCAAAACAAUGUUACAGGUUGUCAUGUGAAGAGUCGUGAAAAUUUAAAGGAAAGAUGCCAAUUUAAAAAGAUGGGCUCUGGUUAUAAAAGGAGGCGGUUGAAAGUGCAUCUGCCUAGAGUCUCUUUACAGGAUACGGAUGGUUUAGAAAAUAUAAUAGAUACAGAAGCAGAAAAAUGUGCACAGGACAAGGAUUGUGAGAUUCCAGCGCUACAAAAUGCUAGCCGAAAUAACGUUGAAAGCCGCCAUGAAUGUGAGAAUUCAGAUGAUAUCAGUGCUAACUGUGAGAAUGGAGGCUAUUCAGAAGAUUUUACCAAUGCUGAUAGUUCCAGCUUUGAAACUCCACUGAGCAGUUUUGAACCUUUACUAGUAAACCCAAAACCAAGCAAUUCUGACACGGAUUCAUAUUCUAAAAUAAGUGAAAGAAGUCAGGCUUCUGAAAGUAUUUCCUCUCUUCUUCCAGUACAUUCAGCAGUAUCUCCUGUCCAGUCUCUUAAAAAGACCUAUUCUUUAAAAUCUAAUGAUGAAAAUGUUGAUCAGUACAAAUAUAAUGAUUCUUCUCCUACAAGAAGCUUAAAGGGAAAACUUUUAGAUCAACAGGUCAAAAAGCAAGAGAACAAAGAUUUGCAGAAUUUUGAGAACAAACCAGAAAGCUUUGACUUGAACAGCACGGGAACAAAAGGCCAGUCUGUAGAAAAGAGCCUCUCACUAAGGACAUCGCAAGUUAGCUCUUACAUGCCCUCAAACGUGUCUGAUCUUAGUGAGUUAGAAAGCAAUGCAUCUUAUAAAGAAGAUCAAGUUGACUUUGAGAUGCCAGACAUUGCUAAUCAGUAUAAACAUGUCAGUGAACUAGUAGUAAACAAACUUCCAGGAUACACAAUGUAA